AUGGACAAGGUUCUGAGACCAGAGAGACUGGAGGUAGAUCCUAACUCUAGCGAAGCAUCCUGUGAGUGGCUGCACUGGAAGAAGACUUUCGAUAAUUUUCUAAACGCCUUGCCGUCUGAAGGCCUUGAUAAACUAGGUGUACUGGUGAAUUUCAUAUCUCCUCGUAUAUUCCAAAACAUUGAGGAGGCAGAAUCGUACGAUACUGCGAUUGAGAUUCUGAAAACAAUGUUUGUCAAACCUCUCAAUGAAGUUUAUUCUCGGCAUGUUCUGGCAACCAGGAACCAACAAGCAUCUGAAAAUGUAGACGAAUACAUGCAAGCAUUGAAAUCGUUAAGCAAACAUUGUAAUUUCAAAGCUGUAUCUGCUGUUCCAAACCGAGAUGCUUUUGUCCGAGACGCUUUUAUCCGGGGGUUAAACUCCACAUGGAUACGACAGCGUUUGUUGGAAAACAAACACCUUGGUCUUAAUACGACAUACGAUCAAGCCAGAAGCUUAGAAGUAGCAAUUAAGAAUGCUGAAGCUUAUCGAGUAUCCGAUCCUUCUAUGUCUGCGGCUGCUCAACACAGUGAAACUCAAAACGAUGAGACAUCGUGUGAUAUCGAGAAAAUAUCUGCUACUGCAAAUUCCGCGUGCUUUUUCUGA